AUGGAUAUAUGAGAAGAUAUUUGUAGAGUCAUACUUCUGGACACUUUAUCAAAUGGAAUGCUGACAGAAGAAAAAAUAAAGGAAAUUGAGGAAGAUAUCGAUGGGUUAAGACUUCAUAAAGAGCUUGAUGCUGGAUUUAACAUAAAACACUCACUAGAUGGCCAUUUUGAGGGCAUGGAAAUACAGCUAACUAAUUGCCAAAAAAAUCAUUGUUUGCAAUGCUUAGUCCCCCCCUCCUUCCUGAGCGAACACAAAACCAUUGGAAAAGCCCUAUAUUUUGGAUAAAAACUCGUCUGUGAACCGGCAAAAAUUUUAUAAAAAAUAUAAGUGAAUUAUUAUAAUGAAAUCUCUAGUUAUUCUGUUUAAUUUCAAAUCUUGCAUUUUACACCACAAAUUUGAUAAAUUUAAUUAAUUUUUACUUCUCAAUUUUGCGGUAUAUGCUUGCUUUUUAAUUUCGCACGAACAAAAAUUACUAUAAAACUUAUAUAUAAAGAAAAUAACCCUUUUCGUAAGCGAAUAAAAUUUUUUUGUUCGCCUUAGUUAGAAAAAAUAUUUUGAAUUACAGAGCUGCGAACACAACGUAAAAUUUACGAGAUUUGAGCAAAAGAAUAUUCCUUGGCAACUAGAAGUGCUUAAAAACUUAGAAUCGGAUGUGUUGUUCAAAAUAAAAAAUGGCUGCUGCUUUUCUUGUAAUUCUCUUUAUAAACUGAAAUCGCUUAUGGAUCAAAAAUGCUUUUGCAGAGUUUGCGAUGCCUGUAUAUAUUUAAAUUAUUCAGAGCGCAUAUUGAGCUGUCCUUCAUGCAAGCGCGAAUAUGAUAGAAAAGAUAUUAAAGAAAUAUACGAAAUAGGAACCAAAGAAAAACCAGGAGAAAAAAUCCCAUUAUUUGAUAGAUGCAGCAUUUGCAAAGGUAUAUUUGAUGAGGAUGCAUUUUUUAACAAAUGCCUUUGUGGGUGUUAUGUUUGCAUUUUAUGCAAGCUAAAUAUUGAAGAAUGCCCAAAUUGUAAACACCAUAUUGAAGUUAAAAAAGAAGCUGAGGUAGAAGAAGAAAAAGUAGAAGAGGAAAGUAGCGAGGAAGAAGAAGAAGAAGAAGAAAAGAAUGAAAUAGGGCAAGAACAUGAGGAAGAAAAGAAAGAAGAAGAGGAUGAGAAAAAUGAAGAUGAGGGAAAAGAAGGAGACAAUCCUUUAAGAGCUAGUAUAAUUAAAGAAUAG